UUAACUACUACAAGAUUCAAGUAUAAAUUAUUCCAAAUAAUUGUUAGAACUGUUUUCUGAUAAUUAACAUCAAAUAAGCUUCCUAUCCUUCAACUCCAACUUCAACUUCAGCUUUCCAACCUUUCAACCUUUUGUGUGCAUAAUUCGACAUGGAUACCUCAGUGUGCACCAUGAUUUGCAGCAAAUGGAAUAUGUCCGUGGAAUCGGUGAUACGUAAUGAAGAAGAGAGCUAUAUAGCUGUACUCAAAGGGGAGGAAAAACGACUGUUGAAACUCAGUGUUUAUGGCGAUACCGAUAACGAAGUCAGAGUGAUGAGGUCGGUUCCUUCGUCUGUACCUAUCCCAAAAGUGUAUGACCACGGGAAAGAAAACGAAAUUCGAUAUUUGCUCAUGGAAUACAUUGAGGAUUCCAUCCCCAUGUCAGACUUAAAUCGAUUGCCCCCUCCUCAUCUGAUGAAAUCCAUCAAAAAAUACAUCAAGGCAAUCAGGUCGGUGACCAUGGAUUAUGAGCAUGGAAGCUCACAUGGCCUCUAUUUGGAUGUUUGUGGGUUUGAUAGUCUGGGGUAUGCGAGCGCAGAUGAGUUUAUACAAAAGAGGAUGGAGGGUUUGGAGCUGCCGCAUGAUCCAUCAUUCAAGUUUAAGGAGGACAAACUUGUAUUGUCUCAUUGCGAUUUGUGGCCCAGAAAUGUAUUGGUGACAAAGGAUGGAUCCAAGAUUCUCUCCAUAAUAGAUUGGGAGAUGGCAGGAUAUUAUCCAAGCUUCUAUGAGCAUAGCGCAUACUUGUUUGCCGCCAGGAGCCAGGACCUCUAUUCAGAUCCAUUUAUCAGACAGUGGAUGAAGUUGUUUGCCACACCAGACACACGUCGUGUCAAACCAUACGAAAAUCGCAUAUAUAAUGCAGUCGUGGCAGGUUGGAAAGCUGCCCGAUCAGAGCAGACCACAUAGCUGUCCCCCUCUCCGUGGACUCUUGCACAGAUAUGUCUCCGGCAAACGGCAAGCAGAAGGCGACGGAGAAGAAGAAUAAUUUGGAGAAGAAGUCAAAUGAGUCAAAAUCUGGUGGGGAAUCUAGCAAAAAUGAAGAGAAGCCCGAAUCUGGAAAGGAG